AUGUGGCUGGAAGCAUUGGAGAAAAUUUGCUGUGCGCAACUGUCCGAAUUUACAGUUCAAGCUCUGGAAUGCUCUGUUGUAAAUCUUAACAGUGCGGUCCUAUCACUUUCGACUCCUAGCCGUUCACGACCAGCCCAGUUUAUGUUUCCACUACGAUUUGCGGAAUGCUUGUCCAGUAUGUACAGCGCAUUGCGUAGCGUCUUAAUAUCGAUAAAUACGAAUUCGAUGUUUUGUCGCAAGAAUUUGCCAUCACUUUUGCAGAAGAAAACAUCAAUUCGAAUGGAGCAGUUUGCAGAGAGUAAGUUUGCAUAA